GCUUCGUCAUCAUUGAGCGGUUUGCCUUUGCGUCUAUGACCAGUUUACUUAAUCCGAAUAUUUAUUGCUAGAUUCAGCUUUAUACAUAAGAAUAUUCUGCCUAAGUGUCGAAGAUCAUAUUAACCGCUGCAUCGCUGAUCAUCAGACUAACUGUUCAAAACUAGUUGCUCAAAAUGAUAGCUCCAAGUUCUGCGUGGCUUGAGUUCUCCAAUCUAAACCCAGUGGAAAAAGGAAUGCCGGAGCGAGAUUUGUUGGCUCGUCUUCUGAUGUCGAAUUCGUGCUAUGAAGCCAUGCCCUCAUCUGGACGAGUAAUCAUAUUUGAUGUAGACCUGACAAUGUGGCGCGCCUUCGUGGCCCUUAUCACAAGCGAAUCUCGCCAUGUACUUUUGAGUGAUAGAAGUCAAGGCGGUGAGAUCAUUGGUAUUUUGUCAGUGACCGAUUUCAUACGAGUAAUUCUGAAAAUAUUUCGGGAUCAAAGCUUCUCCCACUAUCACAGAUUUGAUGCCUUCAGUUUGAUAACCAUUAGAGAAUUCCGAGAGAUCGCUUUCAAAGCUGGGAAGUUGAGAAGCUUGGUGUCCAUUAGUGCCACAGACAAUCUUUUGGAUGCUGUGCGCACUCUAUCGUCUCACCAUGUCCACCGUAUUCCUGUAUUCGAUCCAGACACUGGAAAUCCAAUACAUCUACUCACUCAUAGGCGCAUCCUGAAGUUCAUGUGGACUUUUGGUCAAACACUCUUCCCUCCUGACUAUCAAGUUCGUACACCUAAGGAGCUCAAUAUUGGUACCUGGUCAAACAUCCGCUAUGUCUAUCCUGAGACAAGACUCAUUGAGUGUUUGGACCUUCUUCUUGACCACAAUAUCUCGGGUAUACCUGUCGUAGAACGCAGUACACAAAAAGUUGUAGAUGUUUACUCACGAUUUGAUGCUAUAGGAAUUGCCUUACAUGAUGAAGAAUUCACUGGGGACACUACCGUCAAGGAGGCUCUUGAUUUCAAACACAUAUGCGAGGGCGGACGUGAGCGUGUCGUUUCAGUCAGAGAAACGGAUCCAUUUUUGUUCGUUCUUUCAACUCUGGUCGAUCACAACGUACAUCGAGUGUGUGUACUUGACGAGAACAAGGCUUUGUUGGGAGUAAUUUCGCUUUCGGAUGUGAUGGACGCCGUAGUUGUGCAACCUGCGAAGUCUUUGCGCGCUCCUACUGCUUUGAGACAUGUUUCGCAAGAGUCGUUCGACCUUUCCAAUAUGGAACUAUAUAUGCGCUCACUUUAUGAGAGUGGAGAAGAGCUGGACGAGCUUUCCAGGACCUACGCAACUGACCAACAGCUUAUGACUAGUUGAUAUUAUCAUCAUUGAAUUCAACUAGAUUAGUGUGCGAUUGUUCUAUGCUUUUCGCAGCUUUCUUCGAUCUUUUGCAUCUCACGCAUCCCCUCUUGUAUCAAAUCCAAUAUAUUUUGUUAUACUCAUACCUCUGUGGAUUUCUAAUGUGGACAAGGCUAAUUUUGACUGUGACGUAAGCAGCUAUACGGUUACGGGAUCGCUGGUGCAUAAGCAUUCACAUUCGUAAUAUACUGGCAUCAUUCUGAUACUUUUCGAGAACUCUCUGGUCUGCUGUGUAAGACCAUAAAAAUUGUUUGAGAGUGGGAAUGGGUUCCUAGCUGUACAUAUGUACUCUGAUUCCUUUGUAAAAACGGAUAGAAUUUUGAUGGUGACUACUAAGAUUUUUAGUCCUCUGACUUAGUAGUAAGUUUCAGGGUCUGACGCCGAUAUGCUGUGUAUUGUUUCAAGAAAUUAAGUCAUCAUAGUCAUAGUUUUUAGAUCUUGUAAUUUUUAGUAAUAAAUGGUAAUUAUAGCUUUGCUAUAACCUAAUAAUUGUUGGGCAUAGCGUUCUUAAAAGAUAGACUCGAAUCUAUUGACAGCUUUACACAUAUGCCAUAUAAAUUUUGUAUUAUCUCUGUUUGAGCUUUUCUUCUUCAGUCUGUAUUUUAUUUCCUUUUUUUUGCACAUCAAAACCUUGUGAAUUUCGCUUUCGAUAUGUAUUCUGAUGUGCUAACUUGUCUG